AUGACCCCAGCGGCGGCGAUGAACGAGGCUGUUGUGGUUGCUUCUUCUUCUGCCAACAACUACACCGGCCGUACGAAGUUCCUCCUCCUCCAUCUCCUGCAUAACCGCAACACGUGGCUCUGGCUCCUCCACGAUUCGGCGCGCUCUCACCUUCCAUGUCUUGAUACCAGCGACAACUUCCGGCUUGCGCGACACAGAGCGCUGGAAUCACCACAACAACAGCAGCAGCAGCAGCGAAAUUGA